AUGAUGCUUAUAGCUCAGUAUUCUCAGAAUACUCAGGCACAUCCCAUCAGCACCACAUUCGUCCUGAUUAAGAUUCGGAUUAUUAUCAUGGGUGCCGGCCUUGCUACUUACUUAUUCCUCAACAUGCAGUCUUUGGCAGAGUGUAUAAGAUACGCUCUGUUUCGGGCAAUCAGUAGCUUUCCAAAUAUAAAGUCCAUGGCUAUUAUCGAUGGCGAAUUUUUACGGCUGAAGGAAUUCAAUGAGGUUAAGCUAAACGCUGAUAUACAAGAUUUCUUGGAAGAUGCGCAUUCAUCUUUUACUUCAAAGGGCGCAUUGAACCCUCGAGAACCCAGGUUCAAGAGAUCUCUCAUCCAUUACGCAGCAAUGGGAGAUUGCUCUGAGCUUCUUCACUUCCUCCUAGCAACUGGUGCUGCAAGAGAUGACCGUGACCUGAAUAGCCGAACGCCUCUUUCCUGGGCUGCAGAACAUGGUGCCUUAAAAUCAGUAAAAAUCCUCCUGGAAGAUGGAGCCGAGAUCAACUCCAUGGACGAUAUGUUUUCAACGCCUUUGUCGUGGCUGGUACACGCGGGUGUUCCUACGCCACAAUUGGCCGCCACGGAAGCCUAUCUGAGGCAGAGCGGUGCGCAAGAGUAA